AAAGCGAAUUUGAUGUAAAAUGGAAUAAUUUAUGCUCUGCUUAUGUUAAUAAACCUAGUGUAAUAUCUUAUCUUCAGGAAACCUGGAUACCAUGGAAGGAAAAAUUUAUAAAAGCCUGGACAAAUCAAUUACUUCACUUGGGCACAACUAUAACUUCACGUAUCGAGAGUUCGCAUGCAAUAUUAAAAGCGUACUUACAAACAUCUACGGGGGAUCUUCAUCACAUUUAUACGACAAUAUCAUUAGCAGUAACCGACCAGAGAAAAGAAUUUAAUACUAUGAUUGCAUCAGAGCGCAUUCGUAUUCCGGCUUUUGCUACUUAUAAUUCUCAAUAUUCAAAUAUUAGAGGUAAAGUAUCAAGCUUUGCACUCAAUAAGAUAAACGAUCAGUAUCAGAAGGCAAAACGUGCUACCACACAAGAGCCCUUACCAUCAUGUACUGGAACUUUCACAAGAAUGAUGAGCUUACCUUGCGCUCAUUUUAUUCAGCAUCUGGAGAAUAAUCAAAAUCUAAUGCUUAAUGACAUUCAUAAAUAUUGGUGGAUUCCAGGAAACAUAUCAACGCUGCAGGUUGAAGAAAAUAGUUCCGAUCCUGAAAACCCCCCUACAACCUCUCUUGUACAAUCUACAACAAAGCAAUUAGUGGCACAAGAUACUUUGAAAAACCUGAUCGAUGAACCAUCAAUGACCUUACAAAAUCCUAAUGUGGUUCACACAAGAGACCGUCUCUCUGGAGCUCCUAAUUACCAGAAAAAUAACUCGACAUGCAGAGAUCCCUCCAGUUUUGAAAUAGUAGAACACAAGGGUAGGCAUUGUGCCAUUUGUCGACAACCUGGGCAUAAUGCUC